CUUCGUAAAGAGAUCAAUUUACAAUUUUUUAGGUGUUUUUAUUCAGGAUUGUUUACGACGGGGCGAGUAAAUAAAAACGAAUAUAAAUUUGGCGACGUUUGAUGUUAUUCUUGGCUCUUAAAAGUGGUUUCGACGAUAUUUAAAAACUGAUUUGGACCUUGUACGGUUUGCAUUUCUGUGCGCUCAUUGAUUAGUUGAAUCUUCAAUCUGACAUGCGAUGCGACAUGCGACUGGUGUAGUGUUGUAGACUGGGUGAAAUGUGAAAUGAAGUUUGUAGUACGUCGAACUUUGUUUUCUCGGGAGCUCCAAAGUUGUAGCUCGAAGCAGUAAAGAGAAAUUCGUGUGUGUGUUGAUCGGGUUGAUCGAUUUAUAAUAGUUUCUCACUCUCAAAAUAAACAUUGUUUUCAGGACAUUUAGUUCAUACUGAGGAGUAAAAUGCGCGAAUAUUGAGAAAUCUGUGUUUAUGUGGCACAUAUAGUAGUAUUGUUUUUAACAGAAAGGCUUAAACAUGGCUACUACCCAAUUAUUUUGAAUAAAAGUUAUGUGGCUCCAGCACGAAUUUCGGAAAACCACCAGAGCUAAGAUGAUACUUCGACGCCCAGAGCAAGCGGUCGGCGCGUUCGGCGGUGGAACGCGAUGAGCUUAUUUGGUUGCUUAUUUCCGUGUGCCCCGCAGCCCAGCUGGAGAGGCGCCCUAGAGAGUGAGCGCUGCAUGUCAGAGCGGAUGGGGGCGAGCGCGUCGGCAUCCCAAGACGCCGAAGGGGCCGCAGCACUGGGGCUCAAUAAUCCAGGCCUGAGUCUACCCCAUGGUCAUCAUGCUCAUCUGGAACCACCACCGCCCGGAGCCGUACGACAGGAGAAAAAGAAACGAGUCACCGGGUUUGCUACGCUUAAGAAGAAGUUUAUUAGGAGGCGAAGAUCUUCAAAGGCAUGUGAUCAUGGUCGCGUGCUUCGUGAACUGGUGUCAGACUGGAGCCCUAUGGAAAUCGCCGCUUUAUUAGAAGAGUAUGAAGCCCUACAAGCCCUUAAAGACCUUUGUGUUCAGGCCGAGCUAGCCAGACCGCCGGCGGCCACUUUUAAACAAGACUUAUCAGCCCUUUAUGACUUUAAGUACUGCACUGACGCGGACCUAGUCUAUAGGGGAGCCUGUUUUCCCAUUCACCGGGCAUUAGUCUCCGCCAGGUGUCCUUAUUUUAGAGACUUAUUAGCUGGAUGUCCUGGAUAUGGCGCUAGAAUCUGUUUGGAUCUACGUUCUCCCAGUGUUGAUGUUCAGCUGUUCUCUGCUUUGCUUAGAUACUUAUAUACUGGUAAAUUUCCAGGUGAUAUUUGCCAUCAUAACGGCAACAUAGACUUGAAUCUCUUAAGAAGGCUGCGCGAAGAGUUCGGAUCUCCAAACGCCUUAGAAGAUGAUCUACGUUACUUAUUGGAGUCAGGAGAUCACGCGGAUGCAGCUUUGGUGUUCACAGAGGGUGCGGACGGCCCGCUGGGUCCACGUCCAGACUCAGCGGGCUCAGAAUACGGAUUCAGACCUCGUUUGGAGUUACCCUGCCAUAGGGCAGUUCUCGCUGCGAGGUCACCAUUCUUCAGGUCGCUAUUAACGAGACGCGUGAGGUCACAGGAGGAAAGACAACCUACUAGGAUAGUGUUGGAUGAGGGAGUCAUUCCUAAGCGAUAUGCCAAAGUUUUGCUGCAUGCUGUUUAUUUAGAUCAGGUUGACUUAAGUUUAAUUUCGCGUGGUGGAUGUGGCGGAGGCUUAGGUGAGGCCCAAGCACUCGCGCACACUGGCAGGGUACGACCUUCUCCUUUGGAGGAGGCGAUGGAGCUUUAUCAGAUUGGCCGUUUUUUGGAGUUAGACAUUUUAGCACAGGGCUGCGAGGAUUUAAUUCUGGAGGCCCUCUCGUUGGAGACGUUGCCGUCUGUCUUACAGUGGAGCAAACAGCCUCACGGGUCUGCUUGGGUACAUAGGCAGGCUAUGCAUUUCUUGAGGGAAGAAUUUCAACCCGUUGCGCAAUCACCUGUUUUACACCAAUUAGAUAAAGGACAUAUUAUAGAAGUGUUAAAAAGUCCGUUUCUGCAGGCGAGUGAAUUGGAAGUGUUGCAGGCUGUUUUAAAGUGGGGAGAGCAUGAACUUGUGCGGCGAAUGGAAGAUAGGGAGAUUUCCUGUGUUUCAGGCAUGUUUUCGGAGCCCAACGUAGUCAGUCAUACCGCACACUCCGUGUCACGAAAGGGCGUAAAAAAGCGCGAUCUUAACGACAUUGAACUGAGAGAAAUCUUAUCGGACUUGCUUCCUUGGGUGCGGAUGGACCAUGUCUUACCUCCAAAUAGCGACGCAUUGGUUCAAGCAAUCCGUAGGGGUUUGGUGAGCACCCCGCCUAGUCAUAUGGUUGGGGGUGAACGUGAGUUACGCGUGAACUCUUGGAUCCGCGGUACCAAAGCGAACGCCCUCUUCGUUCAACCAAGACUGUUUAUUCCGUACUACGAUGAGUUGAAAGCGCUUGUAGAAGAUCAGAUGUUACAAGAAGCCGAAAUGUUACGGGGCAGACGUGUGAGAUACGUGCCGGACCCGGACGUGUCGUUUAUGCCGGACAGCCGACCCUCGGGUGUUGACAUUUUGGGUGGCGCGCCACCAGUACCUGACGCAGCAGUGGUAAACGCUAUGUUAAAACGCGAACAAAAACUGCGCCAAGCGCCCAGUUGUCAACUGGCAAUGGGUAUGCCUUUAAGCUGUCGUGCAGAAAUCGGACGGCAAAUACGGCUACGCGUUGUCAGGGAGUUUAACUUACCGGAUAACGUAGCGGAUGCCCUAGAGGCUUAUCGUAUGGGGCCACAGACUGAAGCCGAGGCUGCGGGCACAGGACGACGCAGCCCUGCGCGUAGGCGCCUCGCUACUCCUCCUCGACGUUUAGUAGAAACUCCUGAGGGUCGUUUGCCAGACGUAACCAUGGCACCCUCCACGUUGGUUCCACCACCGGCACCUUCAGAAUUACGCUUAGAUUUGGGAGACGGGGGGCCACUCUCGCGUUCAACGUUGCGAUCUGCUUAUCGACUGUGUCCCCCGGGACCCCCGUUUGCUCCUCCCGCCGCUCCGGUACCGCGAUUUUUAUAGGGUAGGGCUUAUUCAGCCCCGAAAUUUGAAAUUUUACCGGAUUAUAUAUUGUUCUGGUAAACGGUUCUGGUCGGGUUGUUCGAAAUUGUACGAUAGAGUGGAAAAAAAAUUAAACAGGAAUUUUAAUAACGUAAUAAGAAAACAGGAAUUUUUAUCAAGUAAUCGUAAAGACUUAAAUUAAUGUUCCAAUUGCUUGUAGGGAUAACUGUUAUUACAGUCGUAUAGAGAAUCCUAAAAGUUUUAUUGUUUAUGGCUAUUUUACUCCCGCAAUAUACAGUACUCCCCGAAAGUUUUGAAACAUAAAUUGGAUAAAUAAAUAAUUUGUUAAUGUGAACAAAAUAUUAAUAUUCUGUUGAUAAAUGUUUCCAAACUUUUAUGUUGUGUAUAUCAAGCAAGAAGUUCCAUUUGUUGUAAAUAAAAAUAAACAAAUAUUUACACUAGAAAAUACCAUAUGAAAUACGAAAGAUUAAUGCCUAUUAACUUUAAAAAGAGAGAGAUACGUAAGUAUUUCUAAACUUUUGUGCACAAAAUAUUAAUUAACUAAAUAAAAAUGUGGCUAAAAUCUCCUUUAUGCAACCGUAAUUUUUGGCAAAUUAACUAAAUUGUUUAAACAUAUUCAAAAACUGUUGAUAUAAAGAGUUACUUCUAUACAAUUACAUUUUUCAAAACACAAAAGCUAAAUAAUUCAUAGCUAUUUUCUAAAUAAUAUAUAAUAUUACAUUAUCCUCAUAAAAUAUAUAUAAUAUAUAAUUAUUUUAACAAACUUUUGGUGUUAUUUCUAAAGCAGGAUGAUGUAGUAGAGGCAAUCUCUUUUAAUCUUUUGUGAUUGUUUAAUAACUAUGAACAUUUAAUAUUCACCAGCACAACUUAUUUUAAAACUUAAUGUCCCAUCUGGAUGUCAACCGGAACUUUAUGUCUCUCUAACGUGAUACUUAAAUUCCCUGCAAUUCUCGCGCGACUUUGUUGUGGAAUUCUAAAAUUUAUGGUUCUUAUUAAUAACAUCCCAGUUAAAAUGGAAUUACUGUAAGAACAUUUUUUAAAACAAAAUGAAAUCAUAAAAAUAGUUCUCCAUUUCUGUGCGAAUUAGUUAAAUACCAAUCCGGAAACCGUUAAAUCCCUUUUCCGUGAUAUUUUACCAUUUCAACAUACAAAACAAUUCAGACUGUAAGUGUAGAUUUUUAAUUUAUCGCAGUCUGCGGAUUUGAGAUUGCUAUUUUAUGAAACUGUCGGGGAUUUUCAUAAUAAAUUAUCUAUUUGGGAGAGACGCGGUGCAGUUUCAUGAAUAAUAAUAGGACGGAUCGCGCUGUAUGGCUAUAAUAUUCCAGUUAUCCUACACUGUAUGUUCUGUAAAUAUUUCAAGCAUUCUGUUAUGGUAAAUCUGUGAUUCUCUUAUUAAAAGAAAUUUCGUAAUUAUGAUUGCUAAUGUUUAUCUCUUUUUCUCUCGGAUUAAAUCGGGUGGCAAGAAGUUCUUAGUACUUUAACCACUCGGUGCGUGUUUAUUUUGAUUUGUUUUAUUGUGUGUGGACCAAUAUUAACUCUGCCCCUUGAUUAUGGAAAAAUGCUUACGGUUUUGUUAUUGAGGCAUUUUAUCACUAUUGUAACAGCAGUACUUAACUUGAAUAAGGAACGUUUCCAGAGACAAGUUUAAUCUGUCAGUUUACCUAAGGUUUUAGUUUCUUAUCAAUAGACUUAUUUAAGAGGCAACAACAUAAAAUGUCUCAAGAAAUGUUCCGCAUUUAAAUAAUAUGUACCUAACUGAUGGUCGUAAUUUAAUUAAAUAAAAGUUUACUUAUCAGUGUAACAAUGGCAUUCUUUCCCUUAAGGGCUAGGUUUUAUCUUAACGUAGUAAAUAGUAUAAUUCAAGCCAAACAUUAUCGGUGUAUUUUUAAUGGUCCUCUACACUUCUAUGAAGUUAUUCGCUAUUAUAUGAUGACUUGGCGUAUAAGAAAUCUGUGUUAACGUACCUGUGUCUAUUGUCUUAGAUGUUGCUGUAUUGUUGUUGAAAUUGUACAUAUUUUUAAAACGGGAUUGUUGGUUUGUGAAAGUAUCUGGUUUGCUGAAGAUUCAUUAAGUGAAAAUAUAAGACCUCUAUUAUUCUACUAAGAAAUAGGACGGAUUUCCAGUCAUUCCGUAAUAAAAUGUCGACCUAAAGAAACAAAUAAUCUAAAACUGCUGCCAAUUCAAUCAAAAUACUCAAUAUAAUUUUCCAAUAAAAUGCCAUAAGAUUAAGUAACGAAAAAUAAGGAAAUUUAUGAGAUUCUGUUUCGCCUCGUUCUAUUACAAUAAAAUUGCAUUAUCCGGAAUAAAAUAUUGAAUUUAAAUCAAAGCCGCGUUUCUCGCAAUAUUUCCAGCUUUGACUCAUCAAACGUGGCGCAUCUAAAUUGUAAUAUUUGAAAUUUAAAACUGACAAUGCCUUCCUGCCAGCGGGUUCAUUAAAUUUUAAUUUUUCUACUUGGCAACAUUCGCAGGUUAAAUUUAUAGUUUUCGUCCUUCUCUCCUCUGCACGACUCGAUUUCAGAUAAUAAAAGUGUAACGUUCAAUUUUUAGCUUAUUCUGUUAUUCCAUUAGUGCCGGAAAAUGUUUUCUCUUUAAUUAAAUUCGUUUUUUUUUUAAUCCAAAAUUGCUUUCACAAAAAAACGUCACUGUUGUUAAUUUAGACUGUCUCAGUUAAGGGACUUCUCUAUAUUGAAAGAUGUUAUUCCAUAUAUCUCCUAUAAUAUACAGACUCAUUUUUUUUUAAAUUGUUUUUGCGACAUCGAUCUGUGAAAUAGCUUUAACUGUAUGAUUGAUUUGCAACAUUCAACAUAGAGAUGGACCAGUUUAAGUUCAAUAUGUACUUACUUUGUUCUAUAUGAUCUUUUAUUUUUUACUUAAGUUUUUUACGAAUUGUUUUUAAUUUUUUAUUUAUUAAAAGUACUCACAUGCCGUGUCAUUUAUAAAUUUCAUAGUUUCUUAAAUAAUUAAGCUACAUUUUGUCGAGCCAGAGUGGUACUUAAUGGAUUUGCAAAUGAAACGCAUGAAAGGGUUUAAAUUUGGUUAGUUUACCAUUCUUGUGAAAAACUAUAUAGUGUAAAGUAACGGAGAGAAAAUACAUUCAAAUUUGAUAUAUAAAUUGAGUAUUGUGGGGAUCAAUAAUCUAAAAGAUAAUCUUACUAUAUGACAUUAUAAGUAUUCUCUAUUCUCUUCGAAUAUUUGGUUGAUAUUGCAUAUUGUAUGAUACGACUUAAGUAUAUUGUUGUAAAGUUCGUGGCGGUUGUGAGUGACAACGAAACCAAUAUGACAAGAAGCGUUAGGUUUGUUUAUGCUCUGCAUUACUUCUAUUUUUAAUUAAAUUUCGCUAUUUAGGUUCACGACUUAUCUGUGAUUUUUGUUGCUAUUUGGUGUUUCACGGCAGUAAGGGUUGAUCAGGGACCAAGAUGUACAUUUUCUAAUUCCUGUUCGCCCAACUGUGUCUUUUAAAACUUUCACCAUUUUGUGAUAUGUGUGUAAUAUAAAAUCUUGUUGCCUUUUUUUUCUUCCCAAAUUACUUUUUCUGUUAGUUGGUUAUUAGGCCAACAAUCACAAAAUGGAUGAUACUAGUUUUUCUAUUUUACGUCUUCUACCUGGGAGGUUCAAAGUGUACAAAUUAAGUUGAACACUUUGAAAUUCCCAGUUAGUUUUUUAAUUACUUUUACCGAUGUAUAUCCUAUUUAAUUGACUGAUAGUUUAGUAACGGAACUGUUCAUGUGUAUAUAUCUGUUUUAUGAUUAAUUUUUAGCUAAACUGUAACUUCCAAAUCAGACUUUAAAAGUGUUAAAAUGUAACAGGCGGAUGCUAAGUUCAACCGUUGAAAUUUAAAAAAGAGUUCUUGUAAUAUAUAUACACGUAGAAGAAAUUAGGGGUCUGUUCAGUACGUCAUGACCGAGAAAGAAUCAUUAUAAGAAUUCAGGGUAUUCUUUAUUUUCUUUUUUUGUGAUAUUAAUAAAAUGAUUUUUUUAUACGAUGGUAACAUUUCUUACGCGCGUGCACUUUUGUAUGGUUAAAACCGUCUACACCAAUUUCAUGACCUCAAAAGUGUUUCAAACAACAUCAUAAUACACGAUCAAUGCAAUAUUUUCAAUUUAGAAGCGUUUAUCAUUUUAUUAAAUAAUUGUUAUACUUGUUUUAGGUAUUGUUUAAGAUAUUAGUUUAUUGAAUAAAUUAUUACUGAAAGGGCGAGCAGUGUGCGACACUGAUUCAAAUAAAGGGGUUGUUGCGCUGAAAUCUUUUCGGAUCAUCCCACUUUUGUUGCUUAAACUGUACAUUUGAUUAUUGUUAACGCGAUUAGUUGUGUAGUUUUAUUAAUUUAUUUAUGUCUGUAAAUAAAACAUUACUUAUUUGGAAAAUCA